AUGAACCACCAAAAAAGGAACCGCAGACGCACGAGGAAGACCCGCCAUGGCCACAGGGACAACUCCCUGUGGUUGUGGGAGAAGCCAGAGACGCCGGAGGAGGAAGCUCGGCGUCUCUGCGCUUAUUCCGGCUACACCCCUCCGGUACACCCGUUGAGAGGGGAGUAUGCCUGGAGAGGCGAUUGGGGGGCUGACUCCCUCUCCCCGGACGACGAGGAUGUGGUGUAUGGGAGAGUGGAGGAAGACCCCCCGGAGGCGCAAACCCGGAGGUCGCCCCAAGACUUUUUUGGGGGGGUGCUAUGGGGCGUGGACCAGUGGGGUGAUGUCAAGCCCCUCAGCCGGCAGGAGGAGGGGGUCGUCAAGGAGCUCCUACAGGAGAUGCAGAGGACGGAGAGGACGGGCUGUAGGAGGGGAGGCCAGAGGAGGAAGCAGCAGCCCGUGCCUCCUACCAGCCACGGGUUGGAUGCCUGCUCCUACCCCGCGGCCUACCCCGCGGCCUACCCCGCGGCCUACCCCGCGGCGCCCUGCUUCCCCCGCUGCCCGGGAGCCGCACCGGCUCCCCCGGCUCCUGCUCCUCCACCGGCUCCUAUUCCCCCGCCGGCUACCCCGUCUCCUGCUCCUCCGCCGGCUCCUGCUCCCCCGCCGGCCGUCAACCCUCCGCCGGCUCCCCCGGCUCCUGCUCCUCCGCCGGCUGCCAACCUGCCGCCGGCUCCUAUUCCUCCGCCGGCUCCCCCGUCUCCUGCUCCUCUGCCGGCUGCCGACCUGCCGCCGGCUCCUAUUCCUCCGCCGGCUCCCCCGUCUCCUAUUCCUCCGCCGGCUCCUGUUCCUCCACCGGCUCCCCUGUCUCCUAUUCCUCCGCCGGCUCCCCCGGCUCCUACUCCUCCGCCGGCUCUCCCGCCGGCUCCGGACCCUCCGCCGGCUCCCCCGGCUCCUGCUCCUCCACCGGCUCCUAUUCCCCCGCCGGCUCCCCCGUCUCCUAUUCCUCUGCCUGCUCCUAUUCCUCCGCCAGCUCCCCCGGCUCCUACUCCUCCGCCGGCUCUUCCGCCGGCUCCGGACCCUCCGCCGGCUCUUCCGCCGGCUCCGGACCCACCGCCGGCCCUUCCGCCGGCUCCGGACCCUCCGCCGGCUCCCCCAGCUCUUGCUCCUCCACCGGCUCCUGCUCCUCCGCCGGCACCUACUCCUCCGCCGGCUCUUCCGCCGGCUCCUGACCCUCCACCGGUUUCCCCGUCUCCUACUCCUCCGCCGGCUCUUCCGCAGGCUCCUGACCCUCCGCCGGCUCCCCCGUCUCCUAUUCCUCCGCCGGCUCCCCCGACUCCUACUCCUCCGCCGGCUCUUCCGCCGGCUCCGGACCCUCCGCCGGCUUCCCCGGCUCCGGACCCUCCGCCGGCUUCCCCGGCUCCUGCUCCUCCGCCGGCUCCUAUUCCCCCGCCGGCUCCCCCGUCUCCUGCUCCUCCGCCGGCUCCUACUCCUCCGCCGGCUCUUCCGCCGGCUCCUGACCCUCCGCCGGUUUCCCCAUCUCCUGCUCCUCCGCCGGCUCUUCCGCCGGCUCCGGACCCUCCGCCGCCUCCCCCGGCUCCUGCUCCUCCGCCGGCUCCUAUUCCCCCGCCGGCUCCCCCGUCUCCUGCUCCUCCGCCGGCUCUUCCGCCGGCUCCUGACCCUCCGCCGGUUUCCCCGUCUCCUAUUCCUCCACCGGAAUCCCAGAGAGUAGACCUCACACUCGCCCACCUCAAAGUCAACCAAUGA